AUGGAUCCCGUGACCAGCAGCUGCAUGAGGAGCCCCCAACCCCCAGCCCCAGCUUGGGGCUGCCUUCGGAACCCCCACUCCGAAGGCAAUGGGGCCACAGGGCUACCCCACUACCCGCCAACCCCAUUCUCCUUCCAUCAGAAACCAGACUUCCCGGCGACAGCAGCGUACCCCGACUUCUCGGCCUCCUGCCUGGCUGCCACCCCACACAGCCUACCCCGAGAGGAGCGGGUCUUCACUGAGCAGCACCCCGCCUUCCCGCAGCCCCCCGACUGGCACUUCCCUCUCUUGGAGGGCCGGUGCAGGCUCAACCCGGGUCCGGGUGGGGGCUCUAGGGAGAUGGGGGCCAGCAGCCCGGGCCUGGUGGACGCCACAGGAGGCCCAGGCGAGGACUACAGGGUCCUUGGGAGCACUGCCAAUGGGACGGAGAAGAAGUCAACCAGAAGGAAAAAGGACAGUUCAGACAACCCAGGCAGCCGAGGGAAGCCGGAAGGCGGCAGCAAGGCCCGCAAGGAGAGGACGGCUUUCACCAAGGAGCAGCUGCGGGAGCUGGAGGCGGAGUUCGCGCAUCAUAAUUACCUGACCCGGCUGCGGAGAUAUGAGAUCGCUGUGAACCUGGACCUCUCUGAGCGGCAGGUCAAAGUGUGGUUCCAGAACCGGAGGAUGAAGUGGAAGCGCGUGAAGGGGGGUCAGCCCAUCUCCCCCCAUGGGCAGGACCCUGAGGAUGGGGACUCUGCAGCCUCUCCAAGUUCAGAGUGA